AUGUCAUCGAAGGACCAUCUACGAAAAGGAGCGGACGUUUCCCCUUAUGAGGCCCUCAUGGCGGGCUCUUUGUCAGGAGCCAUAGCAAGAGCAGUGACCGCCCCAUUGGAUACGCUUAAGAUAAGGCUCCAGCUCCAGGAACGAACGUUUGCCAGUCGUCCCAAGGUCCACACGGUCCUCAAGAACCUCAUUCGAAAUGAAGGUGUGGUCGCCCUCUGGAAAGGGAAUGUUCCUGCCGAAAUCAUGUACAUACUCUACGGAGGCAUCCAGUUCACCAGUUACUCGGUGCUCAGCAGGGCGUUGAGCCAGGUAGAGAACCAGUACAGCUACAACUUGAGUGCCUCUAGCCACUCGUUGGUGGUUGGGAUCGGAACGGGGAUCAUGAGCACCCUUGGAACUUAUCCAUUUGAUCUAUUGAGAACGAGAUUGGUAGCUAACUCCAACAAGGAACUUCUUUCGAUGACUACCACCAUUGCGGGAAUCUACAGAAAGGACGGGUUAGUGGGUUUCUUCGCAGGCAUACGACCAGCCAUGCUCUCGGUAGCUGCCACCUCGGGGUUGAUGUUCUGGGCAUACGAAUUGGCCAGAGAUUUCUCCAAGGAAUUCAACAAUAUUCCAUUCAUCGAAGGUAUCUGCGGGUUUGCCGCAGGUGCCACCUCCAAGGGGUUGACGUUUCCUCUCGACACAAUACGAAAGAGGACCCAAAUGUAUUCCAUCACCAAAAAAACUGCCCCUAUUUCUGCAUUCAAACUAACAGGCCAAAUCAUUGUCAAUGAAGGUUUGUACGGGUUGUACAAAGGUUUUGGGGUCAGCAUAUUGAAGACAGCCCCCACCAGUGCGGUAUCUUUGUUUACCUAUGAGUAUGCCUUGCGCUACAUCAAGUCUGAGUCCCAGGAACAACUAAACUAG